UCCUUGGCAACGGGCGAGCAAACAAGAUGGCGGCGGCCGGGGCUUGGGGUUGACGGGGCGGGCUGCGGGGCGAGGCGCUGCUCACGGAGCCUCCUCCGCCUCCCCCGUCCUUCUCUCAGCUCAUGGUGGGGGACGAGGAGAAGCGGGGAGAGGACGGCCCCGGGGAGCUGCCUCUUUCCUCUCAGGAGCCCUCCCACCCCUCAAAGGGGGUCCCCGAGGGGCCCGGCCUGCUGCAGCGCAGCUCCCCUCACAGGGAGGAGGAUGAGGACGAUGAGGAAGAGGAGUCGCGGCCCGCAGAGGAUCAGCUGGAAGGAGUACUGGAUGAAGACACUGUGGCUGAGGGUCUCCACAAGCUGGGGCGCUCGGCCUCUGGUACUGAAUACGUUUAUCUGAAUUUGUCCCUUUCAGGUCGUGAGUUAAGUGACAUUAACAUUCUCUCCAGAUACGUUCACCUACAGAAGUUGGAACUUUCAUAUAAUAAAAUUAAUGAUCUUUCUUGUGUCAGUCAGAUGCCUUACUUACUACAACUGAAUGCUUCCAACAAUGACUUGACCACAUAUUUUUUUAAGCCACCAAAAAAUCUCAAGGAGGUAGAUUUUUCAUACAAUCAAAUACCUAAAAUGCAGGAUUUGUCAGCAUACCACGCACUUACCAAACUCUUGCUGGACUUUAACAACAUAGCGGAGAUAAAAGGACUGGAGAAGUGUCAUAGCCUGACUCAUCUUAGUUUGUCACAUAACAGACUCACUGCAAUCGGUGGCCUGGAGAAUUUACCUCUCAAAAUCCUCAAUCUGAGCUCUAACCUGCUUGAGAAGAUAACUGGGUUGGACAGCUUGAAAACACUACGGAAUCUGGACCUUUCUAACAAUAAAAUAACCAGUCUAGAAGGCUUGGAAGAACAUGAUCUGCUAGAGGUGAUCGAUCUAGAGAAUAACGAGAUUGCUGAACUGGGUGAACUUGAAUAUAUUCAAGAUCUGCCUCUCCUCCGAGUUUUAAAUCUUUUACAAAAUCCUGUACAGGAGCAAACAGAUUACUGGCUCUCGGGGAUAUCAUGUUGCCACAAUUAA